AAACUAAAAUGAAAAGAAAACUGAAAAUAUAAAAACUAAUGUAGCAAUCAGGGAUAUUGUAGUAUCGCUGAGAUUUCUAUCAAUUGAAAAUGUUAAUACUGAUUAUAUCUCUUAUAAUAUCUCUGGGGUGUGUUCUUCUGUUAAUGGUUUCCCAUCAAGAACUGGAAGCGCUUGGUCUUUGGGGAGCGUUCUCAUGAAUCAAGUGUUUUUCUGCGAGCAGCGACACGAUCUCCUCGGCCCUUAUUUGGCAGGUCUUCCUCUUCUGUCUCUCUUUCCGUUAAACGAAAGUACAGUUGAAAUGCGAGCCGAGGCCAAACCCACGUCUGGAGAGGAGGAGACACACUGUAUAAACACACACACACACACACACACACACACACACGAGCCGUCGACAUGAGGCAGCAGAGCGUCAAGAUCUUGUACUACGCUAAUAAAUCCGAGGAGCCCUUCGUGGAGAUCGUCACCGUGAAGCAGCAGAAGAAGCGCCGUCCGAGCAUCUGCAGCUCCGCCGACUCGGAGUCUGAAGACCUUCUGCCCGUUCUUACCGACCGCAGCCAGAUCCUGAACGAGCAUCACCUGGAGCAGCUGGUGAGUGAGAUCCCGGCGAGGACGCAGGGUUACUCCUGGAAGCUGGUGUACAGUACGACUCAACACGGCACCAGCCUCACGACUCUGUACCGACAGAUGAGAGAGUCGGACCGACCCGUCCUGAUGGUCAUCAAAGACACCGACGAGCAGGUUUUCGGGGCGUUUUCCUCCGAGCCGUUCAGAGUCAGCAAGUACUGCUACGGGACGGGAGAGACGUUCCUCUACAGCUUCAGUCCAGAGUUUCAGAUCUUCCGCUGGAGCGGAGAAAACUCCUACUUCGUGCGAGGAUUCAUGGACUCGCUGCAGAUGGGAGGAGGCGGAGGUCCGUUCGGUCUGUGGCUGGACUCCGAUCUCUAUCAUGGCUCCAGUUACUCGUGCGACACCUUCUGCAACCGUCCCCUCAGCCUCCAUCACGACUUCACCGUCCGGGACCUGGAGGUGUGGACCUUCGUGUGAACUCAAACCGGUUUACCGGCGCUGAUCAGGAGAGAAACAGUCAAAGCGGAGACAAGUCGAGGCAGGAGCUGAGGUUUCCUGUAACUGUGAUCUUUCAGGGGCCUGACGGGACCUGAACGCAUUCCUCGAGCGUGCUGCCUACUUAGGCGACGUAGCGCACUAGAUUUGAGACGGAGCUGCUGUUGUUUAGCGGCGGAAGCGCGGUUAGUGGGUUUCGUCUCGAGCGCACGCCAUUCAGAAACGCUUCUUCCUUCUUCUUUGACAGAUAACCGAGCAACAGAAACACACACCGAGAUGAAGAUACGAACUUUUCUUCAACCCCUGAAUGAUGUUUACGGUUUUCUUUCUUGACGAACAGGUUGCACUCAAACUAAACACAAAUAAGAUCUUUUCUCGAAUGCUACGAAAACUACUGACGCUCACGGUUUACUGUGUUUUAAAAUGCACUUAGAGGACGAACGGCUUACCGGGUUUUUUUGGAUUGGGAUUGUGCUUCUACUCGUUGUUUUUUUACUUUAUUUAACGCCUGUGAGUUUUGGGGUUUGGUGUCUGUCGCGCGGCGCCGGCGCUGCCGUCCUGGGGUCCGGGUUUCUAAUAAAACACCUUUUAUACGAAA